AGCCUGGCCGCAUUCCAGCAGCAGGCUCAGCAGGUCCCGGGCGUGGUGGUGGCCAGUGGCAGAGCCAGCCUACACUGGCUAGGCAGGCGGCGAGGCAGCACAGUCCAUUGGAGGCUGAGCUCGCGGCACCGGAGCGGAGCCAUGAGCCCCCUGCUGUCCUAUGCCCUCCCUGCUUUGGGCAGCUAUGUCAUGCUGUCCCUCUUCUUUCUGCGCUGGCCUCGCCUGCUGCACACACCCUGGGUUCCAGCCUUCCGUAUCCGCCUGGGGGCCCACCGAGGAGGAUCUGGAGAGCGACUGGAGAACACCAUGGAGGCUGUGGAGAACUCUAUGGCCCAGCGAGCCGACCUCCUGGAGCUCGACUGCCAGAUAACGCGGGAUGGUGUGGUGGUGGUGUCACACGACAAGAAUCUGUCCCGCCAGUCAGGCCUCAGCAGGGAUGUGGACAGCCUGGACUUUGAGGAUCUGCCCCUCUACAAGGAGGAGCUGGAGGUUUUCUUCUCUCCAGGCCGCUUCGCUCACGGGUCAGACCGGCGCAUGGUGCGGCUGGAGGACUUGUUCCAGAGGUUCCCGAGGAUGCCCAUGAGUGUGGAGGUCAAAGGGGAUAACGAAAAGCUCAUUCACAAGGUAGCAAGCCUGGUGAGGCACUUCGACCGUAGCGAUAUCACCAUCUGGGCCGCGGAGAAGAACUCAGUGAUGAGGAAGUGCAAGGCUGCUAACCCUGAGAUGCCAGUGUCCUUCACGCUCGGCCGAGGCUUUUGGAUGCUGCUGCUCUAUUACCUGGGGCUGCUGCCUUUCAUCCCGAUCCCUGAGAGGUUCCUCUUCUGCUUCCUGCCCACCAUCAUCAACAGGACCUAUUUCCCAUUUCCCUGCCCUGGGCUGAACCAGCUGGCAGCUGUGGUUUCAAAAUGGUUGAUCAUGAGGAAAAGUCUGAUCCGACACUUGGAGGAGCGAGGCGUGCAGGUGAUAUUUUGGUGCCUUAAUGAAGAGUCAGAUUUUGAAGUGGCUUUCGGCCUGGGGGCCACAGGCGUCAUGACAGAUUACCCCACAGCCCUGAGGCGCUACCUGGACAACCACGGACCAGCUGCCUGGGCCUCCUAAGUCCAGAGGCCCUAGCCCUCACCACUGUUUCUCUUACUUACUAAAAAAUAAAUAUUUUAUUUUCA